CUGAGUAUGGUGACGGUCAUGGUGGAUAUAAACCUGUUUAUUUUUUAUUUUUCACUAUUAUUACAAAGAUAGGCAGUUUAUAUCUCUCAUGCAUGGUUAGACAGAUGAAAGUAAUGUUGGUUAUUACAUUAGGUGUCUUGUUAGGUUUCCUGUGCGGAUGCACAGCGAGGUAAAGUGAGCAUUGUUUUAAAAUUAAUUUAAAGAGAUAAUCAGUAAGUGAGAGAGAGUGAGAGUGAGAGUGAGUGCAGAGAAAAUGGAGGCUGAGGAGAAAUCAGUAGCUGUUGCUGCUUGUACGAGUGUUGAAGUGCCGAAGCCGCCCUCCAUAGAGGACUUCACGGUGCUGAAGCCGAUCAGCCGCGGCGCCUUCGGGAAAGUCUUUCUGGCCCGGAAAAAUAACAACUCCAAACUCUAUGCUGUGAAGGUGGUGAAGAAAGCGGACAUGGUGGAUAAGAACAUGAGUGAUCAGAUGCGGGCAGAGAGAGACGCUCUGGCCCUCAGCAAAAGCCCCUUCAUCGUGCACCUGUAUUACUCCCUGCAGACGGCCAGCAAGGUUUAUUUGGUCAUGGAGUACCUGAUCGGCGGUGACGUGAAGUCUCUGCUCCACGUCUACGGCUACUUCGACGAGGACAUGUCCCUAAAAUACAUUUCCGAAGUGGCACUAGCUUUGGAUUACCUUCACCGACAUGGCAUCAUUCACAGGGAUCUGAAACCUGACAACAUGCUGGUCAGCAACGAGGGCCACAUCAAGCUCACUGACUUCGGCCUCUCCAAAGUGAAACUCGACAGGGAAUUGAACCUUCUGGAUAUACUGACCACGCCCUCUCUGGCCAAACCGAAGAAGGAUUAUUUCCGGACGCCUGGUCAAGUUUUGUCCUUGAUAAGUUCUCUCGGGCUUAAUACGCCAGUGGUGGACGGGAAGCGUCACAGCAGCGCCUCGGCCAUGGCCAGUCCUAUGUCGUGUGGAAAAGCCGAGCUGAGGAAGAGCUCGCUUUGUUCGCCGCUGUCGGCUAGAAGACGAGAGCUCCUGCAUUCCCCGAUCUGCCCGUCACGAGGCCUCGGAGCUAACAGUGUGUUCAGUCCCAGCUUGCUGGCCAAAAGUCUGACGCCGAGGCUGAUGAAAUCCAGGAAGAGGUUCGAGUCUUUAAGUGUCGGCAGUGCUCACUCGUGCCUGCUGCCGUCCAGCGGCUCGGAGAACUGCGUCAGCCCGCUGUGGGAGGACGAGCAGUUGCAGAAAUCAGGAGCUGAUGAAAACGUCCCGCCUCCAAACAUGAAGGGCGGAGUCGACAAAUCUGGGCACAAACUUCCGGCGCCCGCUGAGGAGGGAAAGAUGAGCGGUGAGAUGUGGGUUCCUGGAAACAACGCUCCUCAGACACCGCUUCACAACUCGGACCCGAGGUCGAGAAAUCUCCGGCUUGAAAUAUCCGUCAAGCCGGAGGUUUCAGCAGGAAAGAGACUGAUGUUCACCGAGUCUGAUCUCUGGGUCACGCCUGGUAAGACUCCGCUCAAACCGUCAUGCGAGAACAGUGUUAGGAAACCUGAGAGGAGCUUACCGGGUGUUUGUAGGUCCUUGGAGAAUGGAUCUGCUCUAAAACCGGGCUCGUCUGUGAAACGAGGGUUUACGGAGGUGGAUAAAAGCCCCGAGCAAGCUGAGAUCCAGGCAAAGAAGAGCACCGGUGAAUACAAGCGGUGUUUUCCCGUUCCGGCGAACGAUUCCAGGAUGCAUACGGGUCUGACCGGGAUUUUCUCUGCUGUCGGUUUGGGGAAUGGCGGAGGAAUCCCGAAACAGUCCAGCCCUACAAAAGUGACUAAGAAUCUUUUGUGUGAGCUGGAGGAACCGGGCGAGAACGUGCCCACGUCCGGCCUCACGUCCUCCCCCCGAGAGACGAGACGAAACCCGAGCUUGGACUCCGAUAGCUCGGUUCACGAAAUGUCGGUGAUCACAAACACACCUCCUCCACGUGGAGAAAAAGAAGUGCUGGCGUCCUCAUUUGAGGAUGAAAAUGAAGCACCGUCUGUGUCAACCUCACCGAAGCAUCACGAGGAACACCGUCACCUCCACGUCGCCUCAAGCAGCCUUCUCAAAUCGCCUCCGUUUCUCAAGCCGAAGAACGUAGUGGUCUUCAGAAGCUACUGCAGCUCCAUCAACCGUUCCAACCUGUCCUACGGCUCGCGCCUCAGCUUGACCUCGAUGGACGGCAUGGAAGCGUCGACCUCGUUCCAGACCGCACCCACCGCCAUCACGCCUGUGCAGAAGAAGAGACCCAGCCUCGACAGCUCACUUUACCAGACGCCUCAGCCGAUGGCCACGUCUCACACGCCUUAUCGUACACCUAAGAGUGUACGUAGAGGUCCAGAACCAGCGGAGAAUGCCCUGAUCCUCGGGACCCCCGACUACCUCGCCCCAGAGCUUUUACUAGGGAAACAUCAUGUUGCAGGAUCAGUUGCGUAUGACGUCAUGGUGGACUGGUGGGCGCUGGGCGUGUGCCUGUUCGAGUUCCUCACCGGCGUGCCUCCGUUCAACGACGAAACUCCUCAGCUCGUCUUCCAGAAUAUUCUCAACCGAGAUAUUCCAUGGCCUGAUGCAGAAGAGGAAUUAUCCCCCAAUGCUCGAGGUGCCAUAGAGAUUCUCCUCAGUACAGACGUCACCAAACGGGCUGGGCUUAAAGAGCUGAAAGAGCAUGCGUUCUUUGCCGGUUUGGACUGGGACAAUCUCCAGAACCAGGCCAUGCCAUUCAUUCCCGAGCCUCAUGACGAGACAGACACGUCCUACUUUGAGGCGAGAAACACUGCGCAACACCUGGCGGUCUCGGGCUUCAGUCUCUAACACACACACACGCACACACACACACGCACACACACGCACACACACGCACUCACGCUCCCGUAGCUCGUCCUGGCCGACGCGGCGACGGAGAUCAUUUCCAGAUUAUGAAUGUAGCCACUGUUCUCCUUUCCGUAUCUGUUAAGACUUUUUGCUAACGUUUUACGAUCGCACACUAUCGAGUCAGUUAAUCUGACUCGGGUUCAAAAAUAACAAGAUUCAGUGCAGACAAAGACGGAUCAGCGCUCUACAUAUUACACACUUGUGUAUAUAGAUAUAAGCCCUGUUGCUAUUCGUUAAUAUCAUUUUAUUGUUUUGGGUGUCUGUACGAGUAACGUAUUGUUCCUGCUGCUAUGCGUGUAUAUAUCUGGGCUUUCCGGACGUCUCCAGCGAUGAUCUCACCUGCAAAACGGCGUUUCUUUUUGGAUAAUGUCCCACGCAAAAAAAAACAAACAAACAAACAGAUUUUUAUCACGUUUCAGUGUGUUCCAUAUAACUAUUACAUGGUGUACAAGUUUAAAUAAAAUCCCUUUAAUAUCGUCACCUUCGGGACGAUCGAUUGAUUCGAUUCUUUUAAAUCGAUCAUUUUUAUCUGUAUUCCUUCCUUCAAGAUGGAGAAGUAGUUAGAAAAGGAAAAAAAAAAAAAAAAAAGGUUGGUAUCGCAAACUACGAUGCAACGAUCAUGAAGCGUCGCACUCCAUUGAGCAUCUAAUAACGCUCCAACACACUUUAAACCUCGACGACACUCAGAUCGUACCACGUUUUGAAAAUACAGGGUGGCGUUUCGCACUUGUAAAGAAGACACGCGAACUCCAAAAGCUCUCGGAAAUUUUAUUGGUGCUUCGGGUUAAGGGUAAGGACGUGCACUGGUCAGCGGUAGAAAGGUAGUGUUUCUAAUAAAACGCAGCUUUUACUUACAUCUUCUUCUAAUUACUGUUCCAAAGAAGCCGAUGCUACAUUACAGUAUGAUACAAUGAAAAUAUCACUUCAGUUUAUUUCUAUUUAUAAGUCUAUUUCUAAUAUACACAUAUAAUAACUAUUAACAUUAUUGAACAAUUUUACACUAAAGAGGAAACAAAACACAGGGUUUGAAGGAGAAACGUGAACAGAAAUGCAUCAAUUAUAUGCAAUCUAACACAAACGUGUUAAUGAACAGAAGGACCGUCUGAAACCUUGUCCGAUAGUGCGUAUGUACAACGAAUCGAAAAGAACAAAAAAAAAAAGACAAAUAAUAACAGAUUUAAAAAAAAAAAACAAAAAAACGUGAAAUAUUUGAAAGCGUUUCUAAUCAGAACAAUAAUUGCGUGACUUUUCUUAGAAUUAAAGUGUGAUUAAUUAGGAUGUGCCGCUUAUCGUGUGCGGAUAUAUUAAACACCGCUUUUUCCAGACAUCGUUUCUGGCAAAACGUACAGCGCUAAGCCCUAAUACACGUGUUUAUGGGGGUUUCUGUAUACGUCUGCAGACAACAGAGAGUAAUGAUGAUGUGUAGGAAUUACACGCUCCUGUUCCGGCCUACUCUGUGUCUCCCGUCAAUCACAGAAACACUAGCCAAUCGUGUGCGUCUGUGAGCUCGCGUACGUGGAAGUGGAAGUGGAUGGACGGCGCUUUCCUCCGAGCGGGUCCCGCUCGCCUGCGACGCAGCAGUUGGGAGAAACGCGUCUGGCCGGUUUGACGUGAGACUUGGCAGGAUGAAGAGGAAAAUAAAUAAAUAAAUGGUCAGCAUGACUUGUACGACGUGUACGCUGUAACCAUGACAACGUUCUUAGCAAUCCUAGCUAGUCUUGGCUAAGUAACCAAACUAGCCUAGCUGAAAUGUUUGAUGUGAGCUGUGAUGAGGAAGGCGUAGUUUUGGAGGCGGAAAAUCACGUGAUUUGCGAGUGAAACGCACCCUGAUUGGUCCAGAGGUAUAAAAAAAAAAAAAAACAAA